AUCUUAAUACGUACAUACAUACAUCACAAAUUAGCUUCUCUAUUAUUUUCGAACUAAACCAAUGGCAGUUUCGACAAUUGAGUUGGGUUCAGGUGCAACUAGGGUUACGGGUGCAAAUCGCGGAGUAGCAGUGCUAGAUUUCAUAUUGAGGCUGGUCGCCAUCGUCGCAACCCUAGCAAGUGCUAUAGCUAUGGGCACCACCAAUGAGUCCCUUCCUUUUUUUACCCAAUUCAUCCGGUUCCGAGCCAAGUACAGUGACCUCCCGACCUUCACGUUUUUUGUGGCGGCGAAUUCGAUAGUGUGUGGCUACUUAAUUCUCUCCCUAGCUGUAUCUGUCUCUCACAUCAUGCGUGGGGCCGCAGAGAAGAGCAGAGUCGUUUUGAUUUUUUUCGAUGCGGCAAUGCUAGCUCUGUUGACGUCAGCAGCCUCGGCGGCCGCAGCCAUUGUGUACCUGGCACACAAGGGGAACAUUAGAGCUAACUGGUUCGCCAUCUGCCAACAAUUCAACUCUUUCUGUGAGCGGAUUUCGGGCUCCUUGAUCGGAUCCUUUGGAGGGAUCAUCGUCUUCAUACUCUUGAUCUUGAUGUCGGCCUUCACCUUGUCGCGACGCUCUUAAAUCAUUAUCCUAUAUGCAUGUGUGUGUAAAUGUAAAUGUGUUUGAAUUUGUAGGUUUAAUGUUGUUUGGAUUUGAAUUUGGAUUUAAGAUGUAGUUAUUGAGUAAUGGAGUGUGGAUGUUGUUUCUACUUUCUAGUGUGUGACGGAAGGAAUCUGCAUUUUGUUGGUUUGUAAAGUCAUGAAUUUAUUUUAUACCUAUGUUAUUGAUUUUCUUUUGGAUCUAUGUAUGUGGAUUCUUCUUCA